AUGUCGAUGCAAGCAUACGAGCCCGGUUUCAUUCAGAAGCCUCCAGAUGAAGAAUUUCAAGUAGAGGAAGAGGAAGGUAGGAAUUUUAAUUGAUAAUGUACCACAUGAUCAAACCGUCUCUCGAAAAGGGAUAAUUUGUUUGUCCAAGAGUUUUUAUUUAUAAUGUAGCUUUUUCGUUUCAGAUGAACCAGCGCAAUCCAGUUCGACUACCGAUGGUUUGUUUUUCUAACUAUUAUUUUCUUUAUUUUUAGGUAACGUAUACUUUUGUUUCUAUUUUCAGAUGGCUAAUUAGUGUUUUUUAGAACCAGAACGGCGGCUUGUUGAUGGCAAAUGGCUCUGUGAAUCACCUAAGGGAUUCUUGGAAUACGAUGGAACUGCAUGGAAACCAAUCGAAAAUGCGAAUCUAGAGGAACUGAAACAAAAAUGGGAUCAAGCACAACCCAUGAACCAGAUACCUCAGCCAACUUGCGAAAUAAAUGGUGUCAGACACACAUGGAACCCUGUAGCUAACUCUUGGAUUCCCGAUUCUCCCCCAGAUGAGGACUUCUUGGCGCAAUAUUAUCUUAGUUUCCCCGUCAACGAAGAAGUCGCGAAACAAGAGACACAGGAGGAUAAGAAACCAGUUGAUAAGAAAUUAAUUAAGGCCGAGAAAUUAGCGAAGAAGCGGGAGCGUGCUGAGGAAGAGGCCAAGAAAGCGAAGGGCUGGGUGGAUCAAGAUGAGACCGAAAACACCAAAGUUUAUGUCUCAAAUCUGCCUACGGAGAUCAGCGAGGAACAAUUCAUCGUAAGGAAUUAAUUUACGUUUUGUAUUCUUUCAGAAAUAAUUGAUAUUUCCAUUUUUUAGCAGAAUCGAGAGGCCGAUAUUAUGAUAUAAUUCGUUUAAUUUUAGGAAUUCAUGGGAAAGUGCGGUGUGAUAAUGCAGGAUCCCCGGAAUAAGAAGCCCAAAGUAAAAUUGUAUCGAGAUGAGAAGGGGGAACUAAAAGGCGACGGCAUUUGUUGUUACGUGAAAAUUGAAUCAGUUCAGAUGGCUUUGAAUAUUCUGGAUGGAUGGAAUUGGGAUGGGAAGAUUGUAAAGGUGGAGAGGGCCAAGUUCGAGAUGAAGGGAGAAUUUGAUCCAACUAAGAAGAAGAAAAGGUUAACUGCAGAACAAAAGAAAAGAUUCUUGGAAGGGCAGAAGAGGUAAGUAUAAAGUGGAGUAAUAUAUAGUUUCGUUGCAGAUUGUUUGAAUGGAAACCAGAAAAAGAUCGUGCUUACAGACCGCCUUCUGAUUGUACUGUGGUUCUCAAGAAUAUGUUUACUUUGGAAGAGAUGGAUGUAAGUUGAUCUGGUCCUUCAUGGUUCAUAUUUCUGUUUUCAGAAUACCCCAGAAUUAAUGUUUGACCUGAAAUCGGAGGUCAAUGAGAUGAUGAGCAAGUUUGGAACAGUAAAACAUCUUGUUCUUUACGAUGUAAGUGUCCGUUUUAUAAUUUUUUUUAUUUUCUUUUAGACCAACCCUGAGGGUGUAAUUACGGUUUCCUUUGAUAACGUCGAAUCUGCUGAUCUGGCUGUUAAAUCUCUGAAUCGAGUAAUAAAAAGAGGCCGGAAACUAUUUGUGGAGACUUGGGAUGGCAAGACCAAAUAUCGACUUCAAGAGUCCGAAGAAGAAAAAGAAAGGCGCACCAAGGCAUGGGAACGGUUUCUGGGAGAACAGGAACAGGAUGAAGAGGAGUAA